AUGGCGCACCACAGUGACACGCCGCCGCCGAGCUACGAGGCAUCGCAAUCAUCUUCGCGCUUCCCUGUCGACGCACAGCAGCAACGGCAGGAUGAUCUGCCACCGUAUCACAACUGGCAGGAAGCCGUGCCGGAUACAUCGACCUUCCCUCCGCCGCCCAUCUCGGGCUACUAUUGUUCAGGAGCAGGGAAUGCAUCCAGUGAUGACGCACAGCGGGCUCACGACUUCUGCGACAAUACACCGCUCUGGAUCCCCGAGAGGCCCUCGCCGGCGGUUUAUAGCUCUGUCUGCGAGUAUGACAUACGACCUGUGCAGCAGAGUGAGUUCGUCGGAGAGCUUGCUCCAUCGGCCCGUGGCCGAUGGCAGGGAAGAACAGUCGACCGGAAUGGAGACUGCGUGGCCUUGACACAUCUGCCUCUUUAUUUCGCCGCCGAGGACUCGCCCUUCAUCAGGGAAAAACGUAAGAUGAUCUAUUUUGAAGUGAAACUGCUAGGCCUGCGUGCUGGUCCUGGGAAUGACUCCAGCGGGUUCUCCAUCGGCUUCGCAGCGGGGCCAUAUCCCUCUUGGCGAUCCCCUGGUUGGGAAAGGGGCAGCUUAGGAGUCUUUUCCGAUGACGGAUGUCGGUUUGUAAAUGACUCGUGGGGCGGUCGUGAUUUCACAGCCCCAAUCCAUGCGGGCGAGACCGUCGGGUUGGGUAUGUUCUUCACGCUUCCUGAGAACCCGCUCGCCAUGGCGGAUGCGCUGUUCGAGGGCCGCAAGAAGUGCAAAGUGGAGGUCUUUUUUACCCGCAACGGGCAGCGGGCAGGAGGGUGGAGCCUGCAUGAAGAGACGGAUGAGGAAUCCGGUGGGAUCGAAGGCUUGGAGGGUGACUUUGACCUGUAUGGGGCCAUCGGGCUUUUUGGCGGUGUCGAUUUCGAGUCCUACUUUGACCCUGCAGCUUGGCUAUGGAGAGCCGAAUAG